UGUUGUACCUCCCGGCAAAAUUCCCGCCUUCCCGCCCAAAACUCCACAUCCACUGUUUACAUCCUUAAAUUUCUCCAGCCGGUUUCGUCUGUUAUUUUAGGGUUCGCCUUUUUGUUUUCUGCCACUCCGACAAAUUGGACGCGUUUAGAAGGAUGUCGGACGACGAAGGCCCGAAAGAGAGGCCGAGGAGGGUCUCUUCGGCGAAGCAGAAAAAGCUGGAACUCCUGGAGAAGAUGAGGAGCACGAUCAAAGGAGGGAAGAAGAACAAGUACGACAUAGGCGAGCUGGAGAACGUCUACGACGAAGUGGAUGAACAAGAGUACAGCAAGAGAGUCGUACGAAGGCAAGAGGAUGAUUGGAUUGUCGACGAUGGUGGGUGUGGCUACGUCGAGGAUGGAAGAGAAAUAUUUGAUGACGAUCUCGACGAAGAGUCGAUAUCAAAGUCAAAAUCCACCGGGUCCAGAAAAAAAAGGCAUAGAGAUUUGGAAGACUCCAAUUCUAAAGGAAAUAUACAAAACAUGCUGAUCAACAUGCCAGCCAAACGAAAGAAAGAGAGCAAUGUUAACUUGGAAGAGGAUGACAUUCUAGGAGAUAUAAUCGGAGAAAUAGGCACUGAAAAUACAUCUCCGAAUGUAAGCAGUAAAUCAGUAUCGAAAGCCAAGACUAAAGAACUUUCUGCUAAGGAAUAUAUUAACUCAUUUACAACUAUCAAACCAAAACCUGUUGCAAAGCAGUUAGUAUUACCUAAACAGGUGGUGAAAAAGGAACCUCAAAGCCCCGUUGAUAUUAAAAACACAGUUAUCGAUGUAGAACAGGUCGGUGCUGACAAAGUUGAAGAGAAAGAGAGUACUGUUGUUAAAAUAAAAGAGGAACCCAUUGACACAUACGAAGUCGAAGAAGCAUUCUCAGAAAAUUUCAGCGAGGAAUUUGACCAUGUAAUGGAAGUAGAAGAAAAAACAUUGGAAACUGCUAGUUGCAAAGCUGUCAUUAAAACUGAGCCAGUUGAAGAAGUGGCCAAUAAUGCUAAAACUUACGAAAAUUAUUUUGAUGCAAAUGAAUGGAAUAAAGUGAGUGAUGAAAAUGUUGAGGUUCAGCAGAAUAUUAUAGUUGAUAAAUCAAAGCUUCCUCUUAUAAAAUUAGAAGAUGGCACAGAGGCUAUGCGCUUCUUUUAUUGGGAUGCCCAUGAGGAAAUCUUGACUCAGCCAGGAACUGUAUUCUUAUUUGGAAAAGUUUUCAUCGAGUCGGCCAAGUCUUACGUCAGCUGCUGCAUAUCUGUAAAAAACAUCGAACGCCAAAUCUACCUUUUGCCGAGGGAAAAGAGGUUUGACUUGGCAAAGGAUCAGUCGACAGAUGAUUACAUCACAAUGGCUGAUGUGUACGAAGAGUUCAAUUCGAAAAUAGCCUCAAAGUUCAAAAUAAAACUUUUCAAGUCAAGGAAGAUAAUGAAGAAGUACGCUUUCGGACGGGCAGAUAUUCCAUUAGAGUCAGAAUAUUUGGAAGUCAGAUACCCGGCAAAUGUCCCUCCACUUCCUAGCGAUCUGAAAGGAGAGACAUUUUCAUGCAUCUUUGGAACUAGGACUUCAUUUCUUGAAUUACUUCUCCUAGAGAGAGGUAUAAAAGGGCCUGGUUGGAUCGAUAUAACGAACCCUGAGCCGAUUGCAGUUCCAAUAAGUUGGUGUAAAGUCGAAGCGACCUGCAAUAAUUCUAAUAAUUUGUCAUUAGUCAAGAAUAAUAGUUUAGACAUCCCUCCAAUCACAAUUGCAGUCCUAAAACCUCAAAUGGUCUAUAAUGCUAAAAACAAGCAGAGUGAAAUUGUGGCCGUGGGGUGUCUUGUAAAUAAUUCUUAUCUCGUGGAAAAACCUGCCCCUCAGCGUCUUUUUAAUCAGCAUUUCUGUGUUUUGAGCCGCCCUAGCGACUUUUCUUGGCCGUUUGAUCUCAAAGAGGCGUUGUCCGGUUUUAAAAAGACGGCAGUUGAAAAAAUGGAGUCCGAGAGGUCACUCCUGAACUUCUUGCUGACAAAGCUUUUUAAGAUUGACGCGGAUAUGAUAAUUGGACAUGAUUUGUCGGGCUAUAGCAUCGAUAUCAUCAUGAACCGAUUGGCGCAUCAUAAAAUACCAAACUGGUCGCGUUUCGGCAGACUGAAACGCUCGACAAUCCCACAUUCAAAGUUUAAAGGACAUUUAGAGAAGAUCGCACUUACUGGAAGACUUAUGUGUGACAUUAAAAUAUCAGCCAAAGAACUCAUCAGAUCAAGAAGUUACGAUUUGGAUACUCUCUGUCAAAACGUAUUAAAUUUUCCUGAAGGGAAAAGGUUAAAUUUAACUGAUGAUGAAUUCAAAUAUGCAUACUGUUCGGGUAAAACGAUUGUUGAUGCUGUUUGGAGUUUGAUGAGCGAUGCCACUUAUAUAUUAAGAAUCUUUAUUGAACUGAAUGUCCUUCCUCUUGCUCUUCAGAUUACCAACAUUGCUGGGAAUGUGAUGUCCAGGACGUUAAUGGGCGGAAGAUCGGAGAGGAAUGAAUUCCUUCUUUUGCACGCGUUUCACGGAAAAGGAUACAUCCUUCCUGACAAAGAUUUUAAGAAAAAAGAGACUGAUGACGAUUUAAUCAAAAUCGAGCUCGGCAUAGAAAACACAGCCUCAAAAUCGUCGCGGAAAAAACCAAAUUAUGCAGGCGGUCUUGUGCUCGAUCCAAAAAUCGGUUUUUAUGACGAGUUGAUAUUAUUAAUGGAUUUCAAUUCGUUGUAUCCCAGUAUUAUACAAGAGUAUAAUAUUUGUUUUACCACGAUACCUAUUUACCAAGUUAUUAUGGAAGAAAGCUUUGUAGAUGAAUUUAACAAAUAUUUUCCAACGGAUGCACCCGAAAUGGGGAUUCUUCCGACUGAAAUCAGAAAACUGGUCGAAAGCAGAAAAGAGGUGAAAAAACUAUUGAAAAACCCUUCUAUUUCGCCUGAAUUAAAAAUGCAGUACGACAUUAGACAAAUGGCGUUGAAGUUGACUGCAAACAGUAUGUACGGCUGUUUAGGAUUUACGCAUUCUAGAUUUUACGCUAAACCACUUGCAGCAUUGGUGACCGCUAAAGGACGGGAAAUUUUAAUGAAUACUAAAAAGAUGGUAGAAAAUUACGGCUAUGAAGUAAUUUACGGUGAUACAGACUCAAUCAUGAUAAACACAAAAACCAAAGAAUUUGAUCAAGUAUAUCAAAUAGGAAAAAGAAUCAAAACAGAGGUGAACAAGUGUUACAGGCAAGUCGAACUAGACAUAGAUGGUGUUUUUAAAUUCAUGCUGCUCCUCAAGAAGAAGAAGUACGCUGCUGUCACGCUGACCAAACUUCCGAACGGUGAGCUUGUCGAAAAGAGGGAAAUGAAAGGGUUGGACAUUGUAAGGAGAGAUUGGUGCCAGCUGUCAGCCGAAGCGGGAAAAUUUGUGCUUAAGCAGAUAUUAUCGGCACAGUCAGGUGAUGACAGGAUAGAAAGCAUACAUGGCUAUCUUGAGAAUAUAAGAUGCGAUCUUGAAAAUAACAAGGUCCCUCUUACGCUCCUGACGGUGACGAAGCAGUUAACGAAAGCCCCGGAGAACUACGCAGACAGCAAGGCUUUGCCGCAUGUUCAAGUCGCAUUGAGGAUGAACUCGGCUUCUGCUAAAAGGUUUAAGCAAGGAGACACCAUUUCCUAUAUCAUUUGCAAUGAUGGAACGAACAACGGUGCAACUCAAAGAGCUUAUCAUGUUGAAGAAUUGAAAGCCAAUCCAGACUUGACAAUUGACAUCAAUUAUUAUCUAUCUCAACAAAUCCACCCAGUGAUCGCAAGGCUUUGCGAUCCGAUUGAAGGCACCGAUGCCGCAAGUAUAGCAAGCUGCUUAGGCCUCGAUCCAAGCAAAUACAACCGUAAUUUACAAGAUAAUGGUGAAUUAGAUGAAAAUGAAGGUCUGUUCGGGAAAAAAGACGUUGAGCGAUUUAAAGACUGUGAAAGAUUUGUCUUUAAAUGCCUUAGUGAAAAUUGCAAAACUGAUAACAUUAUAGAACACCCUAUUAGGAAAAUGGAUAAUGGUGUUGAAAUACUUUUCCUUGAACACUGUGUUAAUUCCAAAUGUAACGUCAGGCCAAUGGACAAUAUAGCCGCUAUACAGAACACUUUGCAGUUAAAAGUUCGAUCGUAUUUAAACCGUUGUGCCAAGAAUAUGAUAGCCUGUGAGGAUCCUGUCUGCAAUUUUAAGACGAACGUUGUCAACCCGGUUUUCGAAGGUGCAUACCCUCUUUGUUUAAAUUGCAAACAAAGCACGAUGCAUCCUGAGCUCACGAGCAUGCAGAUAUACAAUCAGCUCUCGUUCUUUGCGCACGUUUUCGACAUAACGAAAGCCUCGCACAGAUCGACUAAGUACGAGCCAGAAACGGUACAGGCGUACAAAACCAUUCACACCCAAAUGAUAAACAUCCUGAAUAAGAACAAAUACUCCGUAGUCGAUCUCGGGCUUCUUUUUUGUGAUAUUUUUCCACCCAAUAAGAAAAAAGCCCCAGCUAGUUAGAACUGAGUUUCUUUACUUCAAGAUUGUAUAUACUCUUAUAUUUAUUAUUAUUAAACAAUGUAUAUUUUUUCAAUUUUAAUGUUUUUUUAU